AUGUGUUCUAUCUACAUUUUCCAAUACGCCUGCGGCUGCAAGCACCAAGAAGGGGGUGUGGUUCACUGUGUUCAUUACAACACUCCUAGUUGCAAGGGGGUUAAGGAGCAGCCUCGGGAGCGAACUGGCGCCAAGUGCCCUCGUCACGGUGGUUAA